AAGAUGGCGUCUACAGGUGCUACACACACACACACACACACACAAGGAUGGAUGAACAAACCGAGCAAAAGGUGUGUCCAGGCCAGCCUGAGCUCGGUGCACAAGCGUGCACACAUCUGGAGCAAGCACUCCCCAAUCUGCUCCUGUCUCUCGCACCGCCCCUCCCGAGCACUCAGCUCCGCGCCGCCGCCGCGAGGUUCCGCUCCGAGAAAGCGGCGGCACACGGCGCGCAGAAUCCCGACCGAUGGCAACUCUGGGAUGCAGCAGCGGUUCAGGCGGCUGAGAAAAAUCAAUCCCCCCCCACCCCCCAAAAAAAAGUGGAGCGAGCUCAGCGCGGGACGAGGCGGCAGGAGAGGAAGGAGGAGGUGGCGACGCCUGCGUAGAGCCUGCCUGACUGCAGCGCCGCCCGCCCGGCGCUUUGUGGCGGCGUCGCCCGGUGCUGUGCUGCCGGAGCGCGGGCAUCCGGCGACGGACAUCCGCGAGUGCUGACGCGGAGGACGCAAGGACCCUCUGCCACUUCGAUGUGUGAGCUCACCGAUGGCCCUGCACUGGAAGAACAGCUGACAACUUCCUGCUUUGAGUCAACCUCGCGGCCCACAAACACACCCGAGACUUUGGUGAGCUGACCAUGAGGCUGCUGUGGAAGUCCCUGGACAAGAUGAGGUGUCUGAGGAAGCGCUCCGCCAUCCCCUUCCUCGGGUUCCUCAUCACCCUCCUCCUCUUCCUCAACCUCUACAUCGAAGACGGAUACGUGCUGGAAGAAGAUAAGAGGCAGCUCAGGGAGACGUCGGCCCACCCCCCGAGCGCAGAGCGAUAUGUGCACACCUUCCGAGACCUCAGUAACUUCUCGGGAUCCAUCAACGUCACGUAUCGCUACCUGGCUGGGACGCCGCUCAACCGCAAGAAGUACCUGACCAUCGGGCUGUCCUCCGUGAAGAGGAAGCGAGGGAAUUAUCUUAUGGAGACCAUCAAGUCCAUCUUCGACCAGUCCAGCUACGAGGAGCUGAAGGAGAUCGUGGUGGUGGUCCACCUGGCUGACUUCGACGCGCUGUGGUGCGAGAACCUCCUGCAGGAAAUCAGCCGCAAGUUCUCGCACCACAUCAUCGCCGGUCGCCUGCUGGUGAUCCAGGCUCCCGAGGAGUACUACCCGUCCCUAGACGGCCUGAAGAGGAACUACAACGACCCGGAGGAGCGGGUGCGCUUCCGCUCCAAGCAGAACGUGGACUAUGCCUUCCUGCUCAACUUCUGUACCAACCUCUCCGACUUCUACAUGAUGCUAGAGGACGACGUCCGUUGCUCUCGUAACUUCCUGACGGCUUUGAAGAAGGUGAUCGCCUCCCGGGAGGGCUCUUACUGGGUCAUGCUGGAGUUCUCCAAGCUGGGCUACAUCGGGAAGCUCUACCACGCGAGGGACUUGCCGCGCUUGGCGCACUUCCUGCUCAUGUUCUACCAGGAGAUGCCCUGCGACUGGCUGCUUAUCCACUUCCGCGGCCUGUUGGCCCAGAAAGACGUGAUUCGCUUCAAGCCGUCGCUGUUUCAGCACAUGGGCUACUACUCGUCCUACAAGGGCGUCGAGAACAAGCUGAAGGACGACGACUUCGAGGAGGACGUGGUAGACAUUCCUGAUAACCCGCCGGCCCGUCUCUACACCAACAUCGAUGUCUUUGAGAACUAUGAUGCUGCGAAGGCUUACAGCGCUGUGGAUGAGUACUUCUGGGGCAAGCCCCCGUCGACCGGGGACUUCUUUGUGGUGGUCUUCAACAAGUCGGCGAAGAUCAGUCGGAUCAAGAUCGCCACCGGAUCCGACGACCGACGUAAUGACAUUCUGCAGCGAGGCGCUCUGGAAGUCGGCGAGAAACUGGUUGGGACCAAGAAGGGAAAGCAAUGUUCCUCGUACAUCACCUUGGGGGAGUUUAAAAAUGGCAAUAUUGAGGUCAGGGACGUGGACCACAAGAUCAGUUUUGAUGUGGAGUGCGUACGUAUCGUGGUGACGGCCAGUCAGAAGGAGUGGCUCAUAAUUAGAAGUAUAAGUUUAUGGACGACACCUCCGCCCAGCCAAUGAAGAUAGCGCGUGGACUCUUAGUAUAUCAUAGACAAAAAUUUCUAUUGUAAAUAUACGUAUUUCCACUCCAAUGUAAGCUUUUUGUAUGUAUUAAUUUAUUUGGAUUGGUAAAUGUUAUUUUUUCUUUUUUUAUAUCUACCUGCAAGUCUCAGCUCAUCCUCCGGGUCUUGUGUUUGUUGUUAGCGUGACGGUAAAGGAGAGUGGAACGAUGAGCACAAAGUAAUCGUAGCGUUGUUUUACAGUUGUGAGUCUUACGCUUUAUUGUUAACAAAGACCACAAAGAUUAUUUCCGUCAAUCUGUAAAUGCUAUGAAGUGGUACAAUGGGGGGUUUUGUCAAUGUACAAAAAAAAAAAAAAACGCAGAAGAGACUACAUCUUUACACUGUGUCCCUUCUGGUUUAAAAAAAAAACAAAAAACAAAAAAAAACAGGUAGGCACACAAGUCAAAUCAAAGGCUUUUGUCCACAAAAAAACAAAACCAUGCUCGAACUGAUACUCCAGCCCGGUGGUCGUAUGAGAGUACCUGUUGUAAAAACAAGGAAAAAAAAAAAAAAGGCAUUCGGCAUCACUGAGUGCAUCAUUAAGUGGCCCUUCCUUUUCAUGUCCAAGCCUCAUGAUGAUCAUCCAAAUUGCUGCCGUACUUCGCUCACAUUAGACGGCGUUCGGAAAAAUAGCUCGGCCAUUCAGCGGUGCCCAUCUGCCUCUGAUACCGACUUCUGACUAAGGCUCAUUUGAACCAAGUCCUUAGUCAGAACCCAUCAGAGUCAAGCCUUGGAAUUUGCAUAAAAAAGGCGCUUUCAGAUCAAAAUGGAUGCCUUCCUGUUAACUUUAAAUCACAGGUGGUUGAGGGUAUUUUAUCCAUCCUGGUAUGUUAGACAUACGCCCAAUUACUUAGUGAUUGGUGAAAAUGCUGUCAGAGGCCAUUUUUAUUUAUUUUAUUUAUUUAUUGCUUUGCAGACCACAAUUUUGUGCAAUCAGCCCCAAAAUGGCUGCAUCAAACCAAAAUGGCCAACUUCUUGCUUCAUUUCAAGCAUGCAUCCUUAGACGUUUUCAUGCUUGUUAUGAUAUGAUGUCAACGGGUGCAACUGGUGGCAGGGGUAGAGUUGAAAGUUCAAAAAUCUUUGCUUUUUGACGGAAUUUGCCCUCAAGAUGGCUGAUCCCAAAUAAAACAGCAACUUUGUAUUCUUGAACUUGAGCAGGGUCGUGAAGACUGUCCACCCAAUUCUGCGUCAAUCUGUGAAACACGUGUUCCAGGGCUGAUUUUUUUGCGGGGCGGGCGUGCAGGGGGAUUUCCAAGGGUCAUCAAUAAUUGACUGAUGUUCAGCUGUAAACCGAAUAGCCAGCUUCUUAUUCGGUGCUGAACAUUGAUCGUUGAGAUGUUUCUGCACAUCCGCAGACCUCCGAACAAACUACUUCUUUCCAACCUUCCAGGAGGCGCUACCCAGUAAGGUGUUCUCUAUGGAAGUAAAUUAGUGCCCCCAGGAUUUGAAUUUGAAAUGUAAAGUGAUCACAUUUUCAAUAGUUGCUACAAUUCGCUGUCUGAAAUUCAACCGGCUACAAUUCGCUGUCUAAAAUUCACCGUCUGUGCCACCAGGCAGAACACCCAGCCA